CGAGUCUCGGCCAAGGUCCGAUCUAGAGAUCCGGGACUGCAGGUCGUGCUCUCAUGACUCCUUCCUUCCCUCCCUCCCUCCGAGGACGCCUUGAAAUUCAACCUUGGUGUCCAGGUGUGUGUGGCCAUGCUGGCCCCGUGGGGUUGAGCCUCAUCCUGCCCCCGUCGUUACACGCCUUCGUCACCCCCCACCAUCUUCCCUCCCCCCCUGGCCAUGGGUGCGCAUAGCCGUACGGGUACCCGUACCCGUACCUGCACCUGGAUCGGAAGUAUCGAUGCAACUUGUGCCUGAACCCCUUGCUGAGGUCAAGCCUCUCCCGGUCGCUUGUGCAAGCCCCUGCUCUACUUCGCGUCUGUUACUGGCUACCCUCCAGCAAUGCAUGCAAGAUUGUGUGCAUCCCAUGCGGCCUCCUUUCCCAUGGGCGUUCGCAUACUCAGCCCUACCGGGCAGCUUGCACCUCGAUCUCGUUUACUUUAAAAGCCAGGCCUUCUUCCCUUCUCUCCCUUUCCCAUCCGUCCAUCCACCAUCGCCCUCUGUCAUCUUGCAACAGCCAACUCGCACACAAACACGAAGCACCAAUACACCAGUCGUGCCCUGCUACCCAGUUCUUUUCUGAUUCCCGCCAAGCUCCGAAUCUUUCGCUGCCAUGCCGGGCCACACCCGCCGCGUCUCCUUCCGAGACGACUUUCCCCCUGAGCUGGAACCGCGGCGCACCAGAGGCCGUAGCCGCCCUCGCAGCCGCAGCGCCGAGCGAGUCCACACCAUCCUGGACGACGUGGCCGGCGACAUGCCAGCCCGCGAGCGUGUCGUCACACGCGAAGCCUACGACAAGCUGCUCCGGGAGAACCAGUUCCUGAACAUCCAGCUUCGCGAGUUCGAGCAGUCCCGCAUCUGGGUCGACGAGCUGCGGCGCGAGAACGACGAGCUGCGGCGGGAGAACCGCGAGCUUCGCCUCGCCGCCGACUGCUCCUCGGAGAACGAGGCCCGCAAGGACGACAAGCUGCACGCGCUGCGCAAGAAGUGCGCCAAGCUCGAGACCGAGGUCAGCGAGCUCAAGACCAAGGUCGCCCACUACACCAAGAAGGCGACCCGCUUCGAGGAGCUCUACAACGAAAUCAAGCGCAGCUACGACGACGCCCAGCGCCGCCUCGGCAUCAUGCGCAGGAACAUGGACGUGCUCGAGGCCGAAAACAGGCAGCUCGAGCAGACCAAAGACGCGCUCAACCAGCGCCUCGCAAUCGAGGAGCGUCUCAACGCCCGUCGGCCCACCCGCUUCUAGCCUUGUCCUGCCUCUCCUCGUCUCGGUCAAGCAGAACGAGUACCACUCCUCGUCUCUGUCAAGCAACGAGUACCACCACAUCGCAGAUGUUGGGCCCGCAUUUCUACGGACAUCCAUCGCUUUUCUCCUCUUCACGGCUUGCAUGAUUUGGACCGACAAAAUAGACGGAUUCGGCGUCAGGGAUCGGGCAUGGCACGGCAUAUACGGCGGCAUGGUUUGAAAUGGGAUAUUGCAAAGAGGGAAGAUUGAUACCAACACUCUCGCAGAUGGAUCAUGAUCUUGGGGUCUGGUUCUGGCUUUGAAAAAGGCGUCUUGGGAUUGCUCUAUACUUUCACCGGUCUUGGGAUUGGGCUUGGGCUUGGGCUGGGUUGGGUAAUUUGGGUUUGGCUCUGGUCAAGAAGGAGAUCAGAUUGUUUCGAUACCCCGAGCGCAGUACCACGCGGUACGGAAGGACUUUACGUUACGGUUUCGGCGGCGCACACCAUCAUCAUCAUCAUCAUCAUUAUCAUCAGUUGAGCGAACAGGGUCGCCUGACGGUUUGUGGAAGGCUGGAAGGAGGGCCGGACAACGGACAUCGGAGGGAGGUGACAUCCUCCUUGAAAGAGGAGGAAUUCUUUAGAUAGAUUACCUAGAAUGGACAAGCCGCCUUGUUCUUCAAU